AUGGCAAUGGAUGCCGCCAUGCUUGUAUCAGAUAAGCAACGAGCUGGCUUGUCCAUUUCGAAGCUCGGUGGAAGAGCUAGAGAGUGGGCUCUAACGGGCGAUGUCUCUGUAAAUGCCGCGUUUUACACAUGGGAAAUGCUCAAAAAGCAAUUAACUUGCCAGGACCCUCUGGCAGAAGAAGUCCGAGUAACCGUUUUUAUGGAAGGACUUCGCACUGGGGUCGCCAGGACAGAAGUUUUUCGUGUCCAGCCUUCGACUUUCAAAGAGGAAGUGAGCAUAGCGUUUAACGCUGAAUUUAAUUUCAAAUCUUCUCGCUAUGGUCUGCCAUGGUACAGAUUAAAUGCCUCUAGCAGGGCGGAACCCAUGGACCUCAGCCAGGCUGAAGAAGCUGAGCUUCAAGCUGCUGAGCAGCAAGGAGGUAAAGAUAAACAGGGCUUAGCUCCAGGUGGUUCUGUGAAUGCUUCCAUGGAACAAGAUUACAAGCCAGGCUUGUUGGUUGUGUCGGCAACCGUUAAGGGUUUUGAGAAGCCAUGGUCAAUUCUAAUUGACUCAGGGGCGUCAGGUAAUUAUGUCCGACGUCGUUCCCUUGAAGGGAGUCAGCUGUAUGCUGAGGCACUGGAAGCGCAAGAGGGUGACAGUAUAACCGUUCGUCUCGCGACAGGUGUACGUGUCACCGUUCCUAAAGUUCCGUUGAACUUAGGUGUAAAGCUCUUAGACUUCAAUAGCGUUGAACGCUAUCUUGUCCUAGAUUUGGACUCGAGAUAUGAUCUCAUUCUCGGUAUGGCCUGGCUGGAACGCCAUGAACCGUGGAUCGAUUGGAGAUCCAAAACCUUAGGUGCAACGCGCAAUGUUCCUAGCAAGCUUUGGAGAGUUAUGAACCCACCUUCGCUAAGAAACAAAAGUGCUAUUGGCGCGAGCUAUUAA